AUGGUGGAGCGCUCGGACGAGGCGCCGCUGCUGUUCUGGGCCGAGGGCCCCGCCGUGUCGGCGCCGCCGCCCGCGGCCGAGCCGGGCGGCAGCGGCAGCGGCAGCGGCGGGCGGCGGCUCGGCGGCGGCUGGAGCGCGGCUCCGUGGGACGGCGAGGGGCCGGCGGAGGCGGCGGGGCCGCCGCGGGCCGAGGCGGAGGAGGACCAGAUCGUGGCCGUCUUCGUGGUCACCUUCGACCCCCGCACGGGCAACAUGGUGGAAUGGUGUUUACCUCAAGAUAUAGAUUUGGAAGGUGUGGAAUUCAAAUCCAUGGCAAGUGGGUCCCACAAAAUCCAGUCAGAUUUCAUUUAUUUCCGGAAAGGGCUGUGUUUUGGCCUGGCCUGCUUUGCCAACAUGCCUGUGGAGAGCGAGUUAGAGCGUGGUGCCCGCAUGAAGUCCGUGGGCAUCCUCUCCCCUUCCUACACACUGCUGUAUAGGUACAUGCACUUCCUGGAGAACCAGGUCAGACACCAGCUGGAGAUGCCAGGGCACUACUCCCAUCUAGAGGCAUUCUAUGAUGACAAGAAAGGAGUUCUCCCUGAUAGCAAGGGCACCCCCAGCUCUCAGCAACCUGUCCACUGGCUGCCUUCCAUCCACAGAUACAUGUACCCAGAGAUGAAGAUCACACACCCUGCUGGCUGUAUGUCUCAGUUCAUCAAAUUCUUCGGUGAGCAGAUCCUCGUCCUCUGGAAGUUUGCCCUGCUGCGCAAGCGCAUACUGAUAUUUUCACCACCCCCAGUUGGAGUUGUCUGCUAUAGAGUGUAUUGCUGCUGUUGCCUUGCAAAUGUUUCUCUGCCUGGUCUUGGAGGAACUGUCCCAGAGUCCAAACCAUUCUUCUAUGUGAAUGUGGCAGACAUAGAAAUGCUGGAGACAGAAGUAUCAUAUGUGGCCUGUACAACAGAAAAGAUCUUUGAGCAGAAGCGGGAUCUCUAUGAUGUCUAUGUGGACAACCAGAAUGUGAAGACGCAUCACGAACAUCUGCAACCACUCCUGAAAAUUAACAAUGCUGACAAGGAGAAGUACCGACGGCUCAAUGACCAAAGGCAGAUGUUAAUGUAUUCUCAAGAAGUGGGUGAAGAUUGCAGCUCCUGUGAAGAGGACCUUUUCAUCUUGUUUUUCAUGGAGCAGAACAACCGCAUAUUCCAGACGCUGAUGGAGGUGUCAGCCAGCCAGGACAAGACACUGACAGCCGACCACGCACGAGGCAUGGGCCUGGAUCCCCAAGGGGAUCGAAGUUUCCUUAUGGACCUCCUGGAAGUGUAUGGCAUUGAUGUUAUGCUAGUCAUUGACAACCCCUGCUGCACUUAAACCAAGGGCAAGAGAGAUGGGGAGCAAAGAUCACUUUUUAAAGACUACCAGACAUUGCUUAGGAGGAUCACUGGAACUCACCACAGCCACAGUUAUUUAAUAACUUUAUAUGGAGAGUAUUUAUAAUUUUUAAACAAAAUGUGAUUUUAUUUUCUCACACUCCACUUCCCAGUGAGUACCUGCUCUAGGGUUCCUUUUGGUUUUGUCUCCCAUUCCCUUUCAUUUGUGUUUUUCGUUUUGUCUAGCUAGGACCAGUGGCACCUUUGCACCAAACCUCACUGUUGCCAGUGAUAGCUAGGUUUUGGCCUAGCCUGGAUACCUGAAGGCUGAUGACUUCAGGAAAGCACUUUGUUUGAUGACAACCAAUGUGAAAUGCUAUAACUGAGCUUUCAGACUUGGCUGGAAAAUCCUCCUAACAACUCCCCCUUCCACUUGGGGACUGAAGAGGGCUUCAGCACAGCCCAGUCUCAUAAAUAGCUCCUACCAAGUUUAUUGGUGGGGACAGUUCAACCAGCGAUAAGAACCAGGACUCCUUUAAACACUCCUCACCCAUCUUGAAGGUGAAUUGGAGUAAAGCCACCCUUCCUUGUAAAUGGCAGAAGCAAGUUUGGGAUCGGGGACGCUACAGGAUCUUAUGACUUUGCUUACUGGAGCAGCACGGUUUCACUUCCAGCACCUGAGAUGGUCUAAACUGGCAGAGACUGCAUCUAUCUAUCUCAUAGCUGGAGAAGAGCACCCUCUCUUCCUCAAUCCAUCCCACCAGCUCCUCUGGUUUUUAGUUGCAUCACAGCUGCUGCUUUGGUUUAAAAUCUUCAAACCAGCAAGAUGGUCUCCCAUUUAACAGGGACCAACGCCACUGAGCCACUUUGCAGUCACUUUGUUUUCCAGCCUCAGCUUGGAUGGUGCUGGGCUGGAAGGGGUAGAACAAGUAUGCUUUAACUAGUGUCACUAGCCCUUCCUUUGUAGCUGAUGGGACUUGUUGCUCCUUUGCUUUAGCACUGUCUGCUAAUCCUCCUUUUGUUGAGCCUUCAGCACUGCCUGUUGCUUUCCAUGUGAGACAGAGAACUACCUUUCAGCUGGAACAACUGAAGUUUGCAGGAGGUUCCCUUGGAGUUUUGUAUUCUUAACUGGCACAGCUACUAGGAGCAAUGUUUAAAAGCAAGUCUUUUUUUUCUGGGUAGAGCUGCAGAACCAGAUGAAACAGGUAUUUUCUUAUGCUGUGGACAGAACAGGAUUCAGUUCCUGAAGGACUGACUAGUCAUUACUUCCAGAAAGGCUACCCCAGUAAAGAGUAAUCCCUUUGCCAUGCAAAAUCCAAGAAUGGUACUGUGGGUUCUAGGUGUCACAUACAGCUUUGCCCCAAAUCCUUCAGCCAAUAGCAGUAUCAGCUUUAAGCUUACUGUUCUUCCUGAACUGUGGCUAUAGCUGAUGAAUUGCUGCUUCUAGUUACAGAUUUCAGCACCCUUGGAGGCUCUCUGUGCAUUGUAGGAAUGCAAACUGUAGCUGAUGUACUAGCUGAUUGUCCUAGCAUUUUAUAGGAUGAGACAGAGCCUGAACCACUGAGAUCUCACCCACACAAAAGCAGGCAAGCACCUUUUUGAAACAGGUGAAACAAAUGUUCUCCAAGCAUACCCUCUGUGGAUUGUCUCCCUCUGGAAGGGAGGAGGCAAUUGCUCCUGCAAUUUGCCUGUCUCUGAGCACUCACUGCUCUGGCAGCUUUUUCAAGGCUUUGGAUGUUUUUGUAGAGAAAUAUGCUGUUGUUCAUACUGUCAGUUGCUCACAACAAUUGUAACAUCAUCAUACUUAGAAGGGUGGGGAAAAAUAUGUAGAAAGAGGUAAGAACAGCUGAGUAUCAUUUAAUGGAAAGACUGAUCUCUUUUCCUUUAGAAAUAGCUUUGUUAUUAAAUUGACAUCUGAAGUAUAAAAGUGGCCAACAACCUGCACACUUUUUCUCUAACUUCCACUUCAGUUUUAACAUGCUGUCUGUAGUGACGAUCCCUGAGGAAGUACAGCUGAGCUGCCCUUGUAUUGCUGUCACUUCUUCAGACAUAAAAAGAAAAAAAAACAGAACUGAAACUAGUAGUCUCUAGCAAUUUCUCCGCUCACUUUCUUGAAGGUUUGCUAAAUAGUUUAGCUGUGGUCAGUUGUUAAUGACUUUCUAUUCUCUUUGUGAGUAGUUCUUUUGCUAAACUAAACAGAAACAAACCUUUGAGUUAACAUUGAAAUUUUACAGUCACAACAGCCAGAGGCUUUCUAACACCCUGCAUUUAGAGCACAAUGUUGUUUACAAGUCCUGUAGACAGCACUGCCAGAGCCCACCAAGCAGAAGCUCCUGAAAUUCCUAUUUGACAUUUACUAAACCUCUACUUUCCAGAAAUUAGGUCUUCAGUUGUCAGCAGUAACAUGGGUGAAGCACCUACAGUACAGAUUACUGUAGAAGUAGCAUCUAUGUGCUACAUCCAGUGGGAUGGCUGCAGCCUAUUUUGUUCUUCCUUGUAAUUUUGCAUCCUAACAAGUCUUUCUUGGCAGACAGCUACUACAGAAGUCAGAAGUUGUCCUACAGAAAACAGAAAAAGACUUUCCUCUCCUAACCCUUCCUUAUUUGAUUAGCUGUAAAAGUGCUUUCACCUGCACUCCUUUUCUAAAAGACACUGCUUUUAUUUUUGUCACAUGUGAAAAGUCCCAGAGAAGCGGGCAAUGGGUACAUAAUAGAAACAAAUUGUUAUAAGCUGGGACAUGAAGGACUGUUCUGUGGAACCAGUUUAACUAAGUCUUAUCUUUCCAGGAGAUUAUUCAAGCUAAAACAGUUAUAUGCAGAUACUCAAAAUCCCCUCCUAGGCACUCAGUUGGUGCUUUGUUGCAUACUACCAGCUGGGAGCCAUCUGCUUGGGCAUGUUUUGAAAAAGAGGGAGGAAAGUGUGCCUAAGAUAAGGGUAUUGCUGAUUUCUCUUCUCCCUUUGAAGUACUUUGCCUUUACAGUGGUGCCUUCAGUUUCUUGGGUGUAAUGUCUCUGGUCACUUGCUGUGAUCAGAGCCCAGGUUUGAAUGGUGGUUACAGUAACCAGGUCUAUGCUGUGCCUCAGUGUGUUCUCCAAAACAAGUCCUUCAUUAGCCAGUGCAGGUUCUCAGCUGGUACAUACUUAACCAGGAGAACAAGAGCUUCCUAACUGCAUCUUAACUCAAGCUGCACUAGAAAUGUGUAAUCAAGCAAUGAAUUAUUACUACUUGUACUAUCUGCAUCAAAGGGUAAAGCUUAUGAGAGACAUAAAAGCUCAGUUUUCAAUCUGAACAAGCAACACCAUGCCAGACAUUUAAAUCAUCCAAGAGUCUUCUCACUGCAAGGUUAGGCCAAGCUGCAUAGAGCCAAUAAAGAACUAUAAUGGAUACUAAGAAGAAAGGCACUUUAUGGAAUCAGAAUUCAGAUUUGUCUUACAGCCAUGCUACUUACCGUCUUUUCUAGCAUACACAAGGUACUUACUGCAGUGUAUCUUACAGCCAAUGGUCAUGGCUGUCACAGGAGCUGAGCUUGCCUGUCCACCGUCCUUAUUCCAUCACCUUUUCAAGUAGCUCCCUGUACAGGCUAUUCAGUAAAGCAGGGUUAUGGUGAUACCCCAUUUUAGCACCUGUCAAAAUUAAUGAGCAAAAGGCUGGGAGUAGCUGUGGCCCUCCUGGCCACAGGCUAUGCUAGGGACAGGCAUGCUUCACUCUGGGAGGUGGAAAGACAGUGGCUCCUGGAAUACCAGGGCAAGAGCACUCUAUCAUAAAGCAAAAUUCUAGGUACAAAGCAUGCACACUAACCCAAAUUCUCAUCCUGGCCAUUACUUCUAAGUUAGUUGCUGUCUUCUUCCCAUCUUCCCAAAACUAGUGGUGUAGUGAUUAUGGGGAAAGACAGCAUAAAUGUCUUUUAUGAGGGACUGGAAUGUAUAGACUUAACAGUGUGAUCUGUCUGAAACAGGGUACUAAAUGCCUGUGAACCAGGAUUUUAGAUCUUGGUUAAUGCAACAUGCCAUUCAAAUGAGAAUGUUUAAAUGUGAUCAAAAUAAACAGGUGCCUUGAGGUGGUCCAUCAUUAGAUUGUUAUCCUUCCUUUUUAUUUAUCUUACAGUAUUGUAAGCCCUUCUUGAAUGGACUGUAAGUUGAAGCCAGGAUAAAUGUGUUCAUGAGUGGGACCUAGGAUUCUACUCCUCCUUCCUGUUUUGGAGUUUGUACAAAGAAAGUUUUUUGUGUCGCUGUCAGACAGAACUGAGUCCUUUUCCCAACACUGUACAUAGUGGGUUUCAGCCCCUGCCUAUUUUAUGUAGUUCCUAUCUCACACCUCUCCUCUGAAUGUCACAAUUCAGAGGUCUAGAAUUACCAUAUACUGGAAGAACUCUGAACUGAGAGGAAGGAGAAAAUUACUUGAAUGCUAUUUAUACAAGUUACUCAACUUAUGCCAAUAUGAGUAUUUAAAUACCAGCCUGUGUCUCAGAUGAUCCUUGGUACUUUAACAUCAAAACAGCAUCAGCAAUACCAAUUCUGAAGGGAUCUCUUGGUUACCCUCAGGCAAAGAAUCACAUUGCAAUGGGAGCUAUGGAAGAGAAUUAGUAAUUUUCCCUGUAAAAUGGUACAGAUGAACAAGGAGCCAGUUUUCACCAUCUCACCCCUUGCUACAACCUAGGCUGGUUGUAAUUCUAACAGCUCUGAUGUUGUUUGCAUCUUGCAGAUGUGUGGUUGCUCCCAUAGACCUGUGGCUCUGUAGAGAAACUGCUUACUAAAAACAUGGGUAUUUUUUAAUACAAUUAAAGCUUACCUUUUUGAAA